UGUCAGAAUUUUGGUACUGUCAGGAUUUGGUGCUGUUGGAAUUUUGGAAAUGAUGGGAUUUUGGGUGUUGAGAUAUUAGUACUGUUGGGAUUUUGGGGUCAGGAUUUUGGAUGUCAGGAUUCUGGGAUAAGACCAAAUAACACCUUUAGUGUUCUAAAAAAA